AUGAAAUAUUUUAUUCAAUUUGCUCAAUCUCAUGAAGAAUUUCGAUUACCUGAACUUGAAUCUUUAACAAAGAUCGAAAAUUGUCCUUUCUUGGUCGUUGAAAUUGAUUCAGAAAAAGAAGCUACUAGACUUAUCAAGAGAGCAAUUCUAAUAAGGAAUAUAUAUGAAUUAUGGGGAAUGGGAAAAACAUAUGAAGAAGUUCACACUCAAGUAAAAUCAAAACCCGAAAGAUGGCCACCAUAUGAUUAUAAAUCGUUUAAAUUUAUAGUAUCAGCCUUUGGAUCAACGUGUUCGUCAGAUUAUCAAGUCAAAAUAAUCAAUUCUUUUGCAUAUUUAGGAUUUAAAGGUGAUAUUGAUUUAAAAAACCCUGAAGUACAAUUUGGUGUAUUAGAAGAUUAUGGAUUAGAUCCUUAUUUACCUGGACCUCCACCUGAACCUUACAUGAUAUAUUUUGGAAGAUCGAUUGCGUCAGGAAACCGUGAUCUUAUUCAAACUUAUAAUUUGAAAAAGCGUAGAUAUAUAGGGAAUACAUCUAUGGAUGCUGAAUUAUCAUUAAUUAUGGCCAAUCAAGCAUUGGCUGCGCCGGGAAAAUUAAUUUAUGAUCCGUUUGUGGGUACAGGCAGCUUUCUCCUAACUUGUGCACAAUUUGGGGCUUUCACAAUGGGAUCUGAUAUAGAUGGAAGACAAAUACGUGGACAAACUAAUAGGUCUAUAAAGUCUAACGUGGAACAAUAUAAUUUAAAUGGAAAAGUUUUGGAUACAUUAGUAUUUGACAUAUGUCAUCAUCCAUUUCGUGACAAUCUUUGGUUUGAUGCGAUCGUAACAGACCCUCCGUAUGGUGUUCGGGCAGGUGCAAAAACUUUAGGAAGAAAAGAACCAUUUAAACGUCCACUAACUCCUAAAUUAAUUGAUGGAAUACCAGCACACAAGAGGGAAGAUUAUUAUCCACCUACAAAACCUUAUGAAAUGUCAGAAGUAUUAUCUGAUCUUUUAGAUUUUGCUGCGAGAUAUUUAGUUGUUGGGGGAAGAUUAGUUUAUUGGUUACCAACAGUGGUAGACGAGUAUUCGAAUUCAGAUUUACCUGAACAUCCAUCAAUGAAACUCGUAUCAAAUAGUGAACAGAAUUUUGGACAAUGGGCAAGAAGAUUGGUUACGAUGGAAAAAUUUAAGGAAAAUAUUAUAGGUGAACAUGCAAAUGUGCUUAACGCAAAAGGAUUAGAUAAUCUUUCCUUUGUUUAUCAUAGAAAAGAUGAUGUCAUUAAAGAGAAACAGAGUACCAAUGAAAAAGGAAAUAAAAAGCUUGGACAUUAUUUAUUCAGAGAAAAG